CUUUAAGACGGAGCCGGUGCGGACCCAGUUGCACCUGGAGCUUAACAGGCUGGUGUUGACGUGCAUGGCAGAGGGGAGCUGGCCCCUGGAGUUCAAAUGGAUCCGCAAUGGCACCGAGCUCACACGCUUCUCACUGGAGUACAGGUACCUGAUUCCCUCCCUGGACCGUUCCCAUGCUGGCCUCUACCGAUGUAUCGUCAGAAACCGUGUAGGAGCUUUACUACAGAGGAGGACUGAAGUACAGGUCGCAUUUAUGGGCAGUUUUGAGGAGGGUGAGCGCGCCCAGUCAGUCUCUCAGGGGGAGGGGGCGGUGGUUCCCGCUCCACGCAUCAGGAGCUUUCCCCAGCCGCAGGUCACAUGGUUCAGAGACGGACGCAAGAUACCGCCCAGCAGCCGCAUAGCCAUUACCCUGGACAACACUCUGGUCAUCCUGUCCACGGUGGCACCUGAUGCUGGACGCUACUACGUACAGGCAGUCAACGACAAGAAUGGAGAAAACAAGACCAGCCAGCCCAUCACCCUGUCUGUCGACAAUGUGGGUGGUCCUGCAGACCCCAUCGCCCCCACCAUAAUCAUCCCCCCCAGGAAUACCAGUGUAGUGUCAGGCACAUCUGAAGUCACCAUGGAGUGUGUCGCCAACGCAAGACCGCUGAUCAAACUCAGCAUCACAUGGAGGAAGAACAGGGUUCUGGUCACCAGUGGUUUGAGUGACUUCAACCGCAGACUGACCAUUAUCAGCCCUGUGGUCAGUGACUCAGGGUUCUACGAGUGUGAGGCGGUCCUCCGGAGCAGCAGUGUGCCGUCUGUCAACGCUGGGGCCAACCUACAUGUUCAAGAGCCUCCCCAGUUUGUGAAGGAACCAGAGAAACACAUCACUGCUGAGAUGGAGAAAAUUGUGGAUAUCCCCUGUCAGGCACGAGGUGUACCUCAGCCAGACAUUGUGUGGUAUAAGGAUGCGGUACCCAUCUGCCCAGUGAAGACCCCCAGGUAUAGGGUGUUAGUGGGGGGCAGUUUGCAGGUCAACGGCCUUCUGCCCGACGACACAGGGAUGUUCCAAUGCUUUGCACGGAACCUAGCAGGAGAAGUGCAGACCAACACCUACCUGGCUGUCACUAGCAUUGCCCCUAACAUCACUGCUGGACCGUCCGACAGCACGGUGAUUGACGGCAUGUCAGUCAUCCUCCAUUGUGAAACAUCAGGAGCACCAAGACCAGCUAUCACCUGGCAGAAAGGUGAGCGUGUUCUGGCCAGUGGUUCUGUUCAGCUGCCCAGGUUCACCUUGCUGGAGUCAGGCAGCCUGCUCAUCUCCCCCUCCCACAUAUCAGACGCUGGCACCUACACCUGCAUGGCCAGCAACUCCCGGGGCAUAGAUGAGGCUGCUGCUGACUUGGUGGUGUGGGCUCGCACCCGUAUCAACAACCCCCCUCAGGACCAGAGUGUCAUCAAAGGCACCAAGGCCAUCAUGACCUGUGGAGUUACACAUGACCCCAGUGUCACCGUCAGGUAUGUGUGGGAGAAGGAGGGCUCGGCCAUCAACGCCCAGUCUAUCCCCCGUAUCCGGCUGGACCCUGAUGGUACCCUCCACAUCUCCCAGACCUGGUCAGGUGAUAUUGGGAACUACACCUGUAGGGUUACAUCCGUAGGGGGCAACGACUCACGCAGCGCACACCUCCGAGUCAGGCAGCUGCCUUAUGCUCCAGAGAACCCUGCGGCCCUGCUAAGUUCCUCGGAGAAGAGAGCCAUCAACCUAAUCUGGGCCAAACCCUUCGACGGGAACAGCCCCCUAAUUCGCUACAUCCUGGAGGUCUCUGAGAACAACGCUCCCUGGGCUAUCCUCCUGGCCAACAUAGAGCCGGAGUUGACAUCGGUGACCGUCAGUGGGCUCAUCCCAGCACGCUCCUACCAGUUCCGCCUGUGUGCCGUCAACGACGUGGGCAAGGGCCAGUUCAGCAAGGAGACUGACCGUGUAUCUCUACCAGAGGAACCUCCCAGUGCCCCUCCCCAGAACGUGAUUGCCAGCGGCCGCACCAACCAGUCCAUCAUGAUCCAGUGGCAGACCCCACCAGAGAGCCACCAGAACGGGGUCCUCAGAGGCUACAGCGUCCGGUAUCGUCUAACAGGUCUUCCGGUGGACUACCAGAGUAAGAACAUCUCCAAACCAGACGUGACCAACAUUCUCCUGGAGGACCUGAUCAUCUGGACCAACUAUGAGAUCGAGGUGGCAGCCUACAAUGGGGCGGGGCUAGGAACCUUCAGCCACAAGGUCACUGAGUGGACGCUGCAGGGAGUGCCGACUAUAGCCCCUAGUGACGUUCAGGUGGAGGCCAUCAACUCCACGACCAUCCGUAUCACCUGGGCAGCCCCCAACCCUCAGUUCAUCAACGGGAUCAACCAGGGAUACAAGCUGUUGGCAUGGGAGCCAGGUCAGGAAGAGGAGGUCACCAUGGUUACAGUGAGACCUAACUACCAGGACAGCGUGCAUGUGGGCUAUGUGACAGGGCUGAAGAAGUUCACAGAGUACUACAGCUCUGUGUUGUGUUUCACUACGCCUGGAGACGGCCCCCGCAGCCCCGCUAACGGCGUGAGGACACAUGAAGACACUCCUGGGGCUGUAGGUCACCUGAGCUUCACAGAGAUCCUGGACACGUCUCUCAAAGUGAGCUGGAGAGAACCUGGAGAGAAGAAUGGAGUCCUCACAGGGUACCGUAUCUCGUGGGAGGAGUUUAACCGCACCAACACACGGGUGACCCACUACCUCCCCAACGUGACCCUGGAGUACCGCGUUACGGGGCUGACCGCCCUCACCACCUACACCAUCGAGGUGGCCGGCAUGACCUCCAAGGGCCAGGGACAACUGUCUUCCUCCACCAUCUCUUCUGGAGUACCUCCAGAGCUGCCUGGUCCUCCCACCAACAUGGCAAUCUCCAACAUCGGCCCUCGAUCCAUCACCCUCCAGUUCAAACCCGGCUACAAUGGAAAGACCUCCAUCUCUCGCUGGCAGGUAGAAGCCCAGGUCAGUGUGAUAGGAGACAAUGAGGAUUGGGUGACUGUUCACCAGCUGCUUAACGAGCCUGAUGCCCGCUCCCUGGAGGUGCCAGGACUAAACCCCUACACCUUCUACAGGUUCCGUAUGCGUCAGGUGAACAUUGUGGGGACUAGUGCUCCCAGUCUACCCUCCAGGAAGAUCCAGACCUUGCAGGCCCCUCCAGAUAUGUCCCCCGCCAAUGUCACCCUGCGCACGGCCAGCGAGACCAGUCUGUGGCUCCGAUGGGUGCCCCUACCAGAGUGGGAGUACAAUGGGGAUCCAGAGGUGGUGGGCUACCGGGUCCAGUACUUCCGUACAGGCUUCCAGGGCAGGGCGCUGACCCAUGUGAUCGCUGACCGGCAGGAGAGGGAGUUCACCAUCGAGGACCUGGGGGAGUGGACAGAGUACGAGGUCAGGGUUCAGGCUCUAAACGGCAUCGGGGCCGGGCCCUGGAGCCAGCCUGUCAGAGGAAGGACCAGGGAGUCUGUCCCCUCCUAUGGCCCCACCAACGUGUCAGCCUUUGCCACAACCUCCAGCAGUAUCCUGGUGCGCUGGUUUGAAGUACCAGAACCAGACCGGAAUGGACUUAUCCUGGGCUACAAGGUGUUGUAUAAGGAGAAGGACUCUGACUCCUCCCUCCAGUUGUGGACAGUGGAGGGGAACGCUAGCCACAGUGUCCAGCUGACUGGUCUGGGGAAAUACGUCCUCUAUGAAAUCCAGGUCCUGGCCUUCACCCGCAUCGGAGACGGCAUGCCCAGCUUACCACUCAUACUGGAGAGGACCCUGGACGACGUGCCCGGCCCUCCAGUGGGCAUUCUGUUCCCUGAGGUCCGGACCACCUCGGUGCGUCUCAUCUGGCAGUCUCCGUCCCAGCCUAACGGCAUCAUCCUGGCCUAUCAGAUCACGUACCGUCUGAACUCGACCAAUAGCAACACGGCCACAGUGGACGUGUUAAACCCGAGUGCUCGUCAGUACACGGUGACUGGCCUGAAACAAGAGUCAGUGUAUGUGUUCCGCAUCACAGCCCAGACACGCAAGGGCUGGGGGGAGGCUGCAGAGGCACUGGUGGUCACCACCGAGAAGAGAGCUCGCCCUCAGCCCACCGGUCGUCCCAUGGUGCCCCAAGAGAAUGUUCAGACCCGCAGUAUGUUGUUGUCAUGGGAACCAGGCAGCGACAGCCUCUCUCCGGUCCGCUACUAUACAGUCCAGCUGAGAGAACUGCCCGACAGCAACUGGACCGUCCACUCUGCCUCGGUCAAUCACGAGGCCGACUCCUACAUAGUUGGCAGGCUGAAGCCCUUCACCUCCUACCAGUUUAGAGUGAAAGCCACCAACGACAUAGGAGACAGUGAAUACAGUGAGGAGAGUGAAGCUAUCACCACACUACAGGAUGCCCCUGACGAAGCCCCCACAAUCCUCUCUGUCACACCACACACAACUACAUCCGUGCUGAUUCGCUGGCGGCCUCCGUCUGAGGAGAAGAUUAACGGUAUCCUCCUGGGCUUCCGGAUACGUUACCGGGAGCUCCUAUACGACCGCCUCCGCAGCUUCCCUGUACGCACCGCCAACAGCCCCUCCAAUAAGUGGGCCGAGCUCACCUCCCCCUACAGUGUGCGAAACCUGAGCGCGUCCUCUCUCACCCAGUAUGAGCUGGGAAACAUGAGCAAACACAAGCGCUAUGAGAUCAGGAUGAGUGUGUAUAACGCCGUAGGGGAAGGACCAAGCAGCACACCACAGGAAGUGUUUGUGGGAGAAGCAGUACCCACUGCCCCGCCUCAGAACGUGGCCAUCCAAUCAGCAACGGCCACCCAGCUGGACGUGACAUGGGAGCCUCCUCCAUUGGACACUCAGAAUGGAGACAUCCAGGGAUACAAGGUGUACUUCUGGGAGAACCAGCGUAAGAAUGAGACGGAGAGGCUGCGCACCCUGUUCCUGCCAGAGGGAGGGGUCAAGCUGAAGAACCUGACUGGAUACACCACCUACAUGAUCAGUGUGGCCCUCUUCAACGCAGCAGGGGACGGGCCCCGGAGCCCCCCGACCAGGGGCCGUACACAACAGGCCGCCCCCAGCGCUCCCAGCUUCAUCCACUUCAGUGAGCUGACCACUACGUCAGUCAACGUGUCCUGGGGUGAGCCCACCUACCCCAACGGCAUUCUGGAGGGCUACCGGCUGGUCUACGAGCCCUGCACCCCCGUGGACGAAUCUUCCGUGGCCUGUGCCGACUGUCUUCACUCCCCCUCCCCCCCAGGCGUCAGUAAGAUAGUGACGGUGGACGUCAAAGGGGCCCCGUUCUGGAUGAAGAUCAAGGAUCUGGCUGACGGGGUCACCUACAACUUCAGGAUCCGGGCCAAGACGUUUACCUACGGGCCUGAGGUGGAGGCUAACAUCACCAUGGGGCCUGGGGAAGGAGCCCCGGGCCCCCCUGGAGAGCCCUUCAUCUCCCGGUACGGCUCGGCUCUAACCAUCCACUGGGCCAACGGUGACCCCGGGAGGUCGCCUAUCACACGCUACGUCAUCGAGGCCAGACCCUCAGAUGAGGGCUUGUGGGAUAUCUUGAUCAAGGACAUCCCAAAGGAAGUAACAUCAUACACCUUCAACAUGGACAUUCUGAAGCAAGGGGUUAGUUAUGACUUCCGGGUCAUUGGAGUGAACGACUACGGCUACGGGUCUCCUAGCCCACCCUCAACCUCCAUAUCUGCCAAAAAGGUGGCGCCAUUCUAUGAGGAGUGGUGGUUCCUGGUGGUGGUGGCCCUGGUAGGUCUCAUCUUCAUCCUCCUUCUGGUCUUCAUCCUCAUCAUCAGAGGACAGAGCAAGAAGUACGCCAAGAAAUCUGACUCAGGGAACAACUCUAACUGUAACGCCCUGACCCAUGGAGAUAUGGUCAGCCUGGACGAGGGACGAUUCCCCACCCUGGAACUCAACAACCGACGACUGUCUGUCAAGAACUCCUUCUGCCGUAAGAACGGUGUCUAUACCAGGUCUCCUCCUCGGCCCAGCCCAGGCAGUCUCAACUACUCUGACGAGGAUUUGAGCACCACCAAGUACAACGAUCUGAUCCCAGCUGAGAGCAGCAGCCCAACAGAGAAACCAUCUGAGAUAUCAGACUCUAAGGAGGCCCUCGUGUUCUCAUAUGGAACGGGUGGUCUGCAUGUGCUUCCACUGAAUUGGGGCAGUGACAGUGAGUUUGAGGUGGACCAGAACAGACAGAAGACCCACUCCUUUGUGAGCCACUACAUCAGUGACCCCACCUACUACAACUCCUGGCGCCGCCAGCAGAAGGGCAUCUCCCGGGCACAGGCCUACAGCUACACCGAGUCAGAGUCGGGCGACCCGGAGCCCUGCGCCCCAUCACCACCCCUGCCCCCGUUGCCACCCCAGCUCACCUCCACCACCCCUCCACCCCAGCUCCAGCCCCAGCCCCAUGGUCAACCCCAGGGCCUGACACCCCAGGGCCAGGGUAGUCUGUUCAGGCCUAAAGGCAGCCAGACUCCCACCCCCUCUCAGCAGCUCUCCAACUCCACCCCCUCCAGCCACUCCAACACCCUGUCCUACUGGCCCCCCAGCAGCCCCAGCCCCAGCCCAGCCCCUGGAUCUCGGGCCCCCAUAGCCGGGUUCUCCUCCUUCGUUUGAUUCUGAGAAGGAUCUGUGUUCCCUUCUGAAAACAAAACCCACCCUGCUGCCCUACGUGUCCAGAGAGUAAAUACCCAACACACAACUCCCACAACAAAGCAACCCUCGGAGUCCACCAUUUUGAUAGUUUCUGUCAUGGCUGGUGUUAUUCUCAGUUUGUUUUGCUUCUUUUUCUUUUUUUUUUUUUUUUCUUACUGAGUUAUGUUUUAAGGAUCAUACUGUACACAGACAGGACAGAAGUUACAUAUUUUAUUCCAGUACGUCUUUCCUCUUGUGUGCGUGUGCUGGUAUAGUUUUAUUUUCAUUCUUUAACCGAGAGACAGCUACUGAGAACAAGACAGUACCUAUUCAUGUUUGCUGUUUGACUGAUUUGACUUUCUUUGUAUUAUUUAUUUUCUCUUUUUCAUUGUUACACUUCUACACAACAAGAUAAUAAUUUAGUUAGAUACUGUAAAAAGUAAAGAGAUUCUUGGACAAAAAUAUCUACAAGACGAUAAAAGUGUCAUGGCGUCGAUCCACACUCGGAUAACAAGCACCAAUGGAACUGGGAUCACAAAAUGGAGCCAUACAAGCGAGUGAAAUGACUAGAGUUUGAAGGAUGGAGAGAGGAACAGGGUAUAGAAAGGACAAAGUGAUGAAAGUGAGGAGGAGGGGGGAGAUGGAGGCUGGAAUGAGACCCCUGGCAGCCUUUAAAUGCCCAGGCUGUCCAAUUUGGUCAAAGGAAGUUUCUGGGUGUUAAUGUGAGACAUGUUAGUGACCUCCCCCUAUUUAACCUAUGGACCAUGAUCUUCAGCAGUUAUCUGGCCUGGCCUAUAGCACACUAUUGAGUCUGACAGGCAGGUCACAUCUCUGUGCUGUACACCACAGGCAGGUCACAUCUCUGUGCUGUACACCACAGGCAGGUCACAUCUCUGUGCUGUACACCACAGGCAGGUCACAUCUCUGUGCUGUACACCACAGGCAGGUCACAUCUCUGUGCUGUACACCAAGGGCCUGGUUGCCCGCCCACCGGGGCAGAGAUGGAAAAUGUACUGUAUGUCUGAAGUAAAAAUGUUGAGGUUGGUCUGCAAGUUGUUUGAUUGUCCUUUAGUGGAUCAGACAUGCCAUGGUUGAUUAUAACUAGGGAUUCAAAUUUUCCUGAAAAUGUUCCUUCCUGAAAAAAAAGCCCUUCUCAGGCAUCCCAGUAUUCCUGUUGAAACCGUAAACCAUUUUAAUCAACUAAAAGUUAUCUGAAAGUCACCACACUAUUUAGUUGAUGUAAUCUAGUUUUAAGAUAAGCGUAUGAAGCACUGUUGGCCGACUUGUAAAAUAUUCUGAGGUUAUUACAGCCUAGUGAAAAUGUCAUUCGUUUUAACCUACCAUUGACGGAAAGCUUGUUGUUCCUUUCCUCUGGUGCACCUGGCUAUCAGGGGAAUGAGGCCAAGUAGUGGUUGUUUUGACUUUAUAUUUAAGUCAUUUAGCAGAUGCUCUUAUCCAGAGCAAUUAGGGUUAGGUGCCUUGCUCAAGGGCACAU